AUGAACUAAGGAAAUUAAUCUUAAUAAUAAGUUAACAAUUACCAUAAUCCAUUGGAGGAUCAAUUAAAUUACAAAAAUUAUUACAGAAUAAUGGUUUUACUUUUUGCAAUUUUAGUUAUUUUAGGAAUUAUGCAAACUUAUCAAUUCACUUAAUAUAGGAGAGAGAAACUUUUAACAUUUUUAUGA